AUGGCGCUCGCGGAUCUCACAGCAUGUUUUCUGGCCAAGAGCAAUGAGAGAACGACAGAGGUGACCCAGGGCCUAGAGAGUGGCGCCAUAGCGGUCGAGGGCAGAGGUGUUGUGCCGGUUGCAUGCCUUGUCAUCAGCAGCUCCGUCACACGCUGGUGUCUGGGCGUCCUCGCUGGGUACGAGAUGGUCACCCAUGUUGCAUUUCCGCAAGGCCAGACGGUCAAGGUAAGACGUGUCGCAACAUGGGGCUACCUUGCCACGGCAGCAACCAGGCGCGUCGCUGUCAUUUUCGGAUUACUUGCCUGUGCACUGGUCAGAGGAGCAGCAAAUGUCCAAAGGCUCACAUCCCUGACCUGGGUCGCUGUCGUCGCCGCCACCACAGCAGUCGUCCUGACAGAUGCUCGUCUCCUCCACUGGGGCAGCAAGCAGCUCGGUGGCUGGAGCUGGCGGACCGCAACAGCCUGA